AUGGCUGUUGGGGUGGAGAAAGACACGUCGCGACUGCCUAAAAGAAUAAUUAUCGACACGGAUCCGGGAAUAGACGACACAAUGGCGAUUCUGCUGGCGUUCCUGUCGCCCGAGCAGCUGCACGUGGAGGGCAUCACCACCGUCUUCGGCAACGUGCGCACGCCCACCGCCACCGCCAACGCGCUCCGCCUCUGCGAGCUGGCAGGGAGGGAGGACGUGCCAGUGGCGCAUGGAGAAGAGGUCACUCUGCGGGGCGUGGAGAAGAUCCGAGUGGCGGAUUUCGUGCAUGGCACUGACGGCAUGGGCAACACCAAUCAGCAGCCGCCACGUGGCAAGCCCAUAGACAAGGGAGCAGCACAGUUCCUGGUGGACACGGUCAGGGCGUCACCCGGGCAGAUCACUGUGGUGGCUCUGGGGCCACUCACCAAUUUAGCCAAGGCUCUGCAGCUGGAUCCGUCCUUCCCCCAGCACGUGGCGGAGAUCAUCAUCCUGGGCGGCGCCUUCUUCACCAACGGCAACGUCAAUCCCGCGGCCGAGGCCAAUAUAUUUGGAGACCCAGAUGCAGCAGAUGCCGUGUUCACGUGUGGCGCCAAGUGCACAGUCAUAGGCAUCAACAUCACGCACCAAGUCACCCUCUCAGUGAGGGACAUGGAGGACAUAAGAGACAGCAAGGGGCCGUUUGGGCGCUUCCUGUACGACACGUCGCAGUUCUACUACCGCUACCACAAGGAGUCGUAUGGCAUGGAUGCGGUGUACCUGCACGACCCCACCACCAUGGUGGCAGCCAUGGACGAUUCGCUCUUCACCUUCCACGAGGGCGUGGUGCGUGUGCAGCUCGACGGCAUCGCCAAGGGACUCACUUUGCUAAACAACACCAACAAAGUGUGGAACACCCCCACAGCAUGGUGUGGUAUACCACCAGUGCGGGUGGCGGUCACAGUGGAUGCCGAUGCUGUCUCUGCCCUCGUCAAGCACCGCCUCUCCGCCCCCGCCCCUCCUGCACUCCAUUGA